AUGGAGCAUUACGGAAUUACUGGUAGCUAUCCGUCCUCUUAUGGGGCGGUUCAGAACUGGUUAAUGGCCUGCUACAUUGUUCACUUACAAUCUCAGUCACUACAACCGGAGCAGAAUAAGGAAAUUUCUUACCCGAGAAGGAGCAACGAAAUUGAGGCUCCGCCGCAAGUGGAGAUGGUCGUUUCUGAAACUGAAUCGGAGGUUUCCGGUUCGUUCUCCGGUUUCUCAGUGCUAUCAGGUUCGUCACCCUGUUCAAGCACAUCAGUAUCAUCAUGUGCUUGCGAUCUGCGAAUCAUGAAAGACAUGUCGAAACUUUCUGAGCUAGAAGACAAGCCGCCUAAAGAAUGUCAUGAUGCCUCAAAAACUGGUCGAAGUUAUGAUGAACGAGAAAUUCAAAGAAAAGAACGCAACAAUGCGGCAUCACGUAAGUCACGAGCUCUUCGAAAGCAUCGAUUUCAGCAAAUGUUACGGGAAACUGAACGCUUGACCAACUCCAAUGCCCGACUGCGAGCCUUCGUGGAAGAAUUGAAUUCCAUCAUGAUUGAAUCUCGGGCCAUACUUUUCAAAACUUUUGCUGGCUCAGUCACCACUGAUCUGCCCGGAAAAUUCAAAAGACAAGCCGUCAACAUUAGACUUCAACGUAUUUCUUCCAAUACCAGGAAUAUAGAAGAACUAUGCUCGGAAAAUUUGACAGUUGCCCAAAAGUCUCACUCAUCAAAUCCUAUCACAAUGACGAGAUGUACGAAAAUCCGACAAAUACGGCCUGUAAAGACCCGCAUGAUUGGCUUGGAUGCUCAAGACGAAUUUGUCACUUGCGAUUUCGCCAAUUCUUACGACCCUAGCAUCGAAGAGAAGCUUGGAUCUUUCGAAAAAAGUCCUUACUCCUAUACAAUUGUGGAUACGCAUUUCAAAGAAUUUGAUUACUGCCCGGAAAUUGCAGCUAAUAUUGAAUUAGUAUCGUCUUCGUCAUUGAAUGCAACAUCUUUUAAUCCAUACCUUAAUCUUGGAAGCUACUUACGUUCUAUUGAAUCUUUUGAAGAAGAAAACGAAUAUUUAAGCAAUACAAUGUCUAAUUUUUCACACAAACUACCUGAACUUGAUAAGGACUCCUUAACUGAAGCUCUUAAUGAUAUUGAAAAUUUAACAUCCAUGCAGUCUACUUCGGAGACGGAGGCAAUGGAACUCGAAAGGCUUGACACCGAGGAAGAUUUCCCCACUCCACUUACCAGUCCUCAUCUUCAUAAAAUCUUUUCCAAUGACAGUCCUGAUGAUACUGCUGAUGAAUCUGAUUGGGAAGAAAUAUUCUCACAACAGAACAAACUAAUUGAGCAAUUCGUGCAGAUUGUAGAUAAUCAGUCAACACGUCAAGAUGUUGUGAUGUACUCAACAAGUCAAGCCUCCCCACUUCGAGAUAGUGAAAGCCUGCAGUGUUCCACAACUCAGUGCAACUUUGCCGAGGAUAGGGAAAAGGACAGACGACAAAGGAAUAACAUUGCCUCUCGGAAGUCUCGAGCUAUGAAAAAGGAGCGUUUUGCCGCCAUGCAAAGCGAGAUUGAUCAGCUUCGAGCAGCCAAUCAAAAACUGAAGGCAAUGGUGGAUGAAUUGGAUUUGGCUAUUGAUGAAGCAAAGUCCAUUGUCUUACCUCCUAAACCAUAG